CUACGCUCGGUCGUGAUCAAUUCAGUCGAUUUUUGAAAUUGACAACAGCAAAAUGGUCAGUGGAAUUGUGCUGGCUGCCGCCCUUUGCCUGGCGGUCGUCCCAACCGUACUUCCGGCCUACGUCGGAGAAACCAAAAUUGUUUGCUACUAUGAUAGUACAUCCUAUUUCAGAGAAGGUCAAGGCAAAUUUGACGUGAAUUUCCUCGAUCCCGCCCUUCAAUUCUGCACGCAUCUGAUUUACCGUUCCGCUGGAAUUAACGCCGACUCCUUCAAAUUGGUUCCACUUAACGAGAACUUCGAUGUUACCAAAGACAACUACAGAAAAAUUACUGAACUGAAGAGGCGCUUCCCAACCGUCCGUAUACUCUUGAGCGUUGGAAACGGAGAUGAUGAUCAAAAUACCGAAAAAUACCUGACACUUUUGGAAUCGGUUGAACACAGGUUGGCCUUUGUGAAAUCGGCUCAAACUUUAGUGAAAUCCUUCGGUUUUGACGGCAUUGACCUUGCCUGGCAAUUCCCAACCAAUAAACCAAAGAAGAUCCGCGGUAAAAUUAGUUCUUUCUUCAACAAUUUGAAGAAGAAGAUUGUUGGUUCUACUAAGGUCGAUGAGAAGGAGGAAGAACAUAAGGAACAAUUCGGCGCUUUGGUCAGGGAAGUUAAGAAUGUCUUCAAACAAGACGGUCUUAUUGUUUCCGUUACCAACAUUCCCAACGUGAAUGCCAGCAUUUACAUGGACGUUAGGACUAUCAUCCAAAAUGCCGACUUCGUGAACCUCAUGGCUUUCGAUUAUUACACACCAAAACGCAACCCGAAGGAAGCUGACUACUCUGCUCCUCUGUACAGUCUGAUCGACAGGAAAUCUGACGAAAACGGAAACGCUUUAGUUAAAUACUGGUUGGACAAUGGAGCCAUCAACAACAAAUUAGUUUUUGGAAUUCCAACUUAUGGAAGGGCCUGGAAGAUGACCGAAGAUUCUGCCAUCAGCGGAGUGCCACCUUUCGAAAUCGAUGGCCCUGCCGAGGCCGGACCAUACACCAAGCACGACGGUCUUUACAGUUACCCCGAGGUUUGCGCUAAAUUAGCCAACCCCAAUAAUCUGAAGGUCAGCCAAGGCAAGCACUUGAGGAAGGUUGGAGAUCCAUCGAAGAGAUACGAGCUCUGGAAUGUUAUUGACGUUUCCAAGAGAUUCGGAACUUAUGCUUUCCGUCUUCCUGAUGAGAGCGGAGAGAAUGGCGUUUGGGUAUCCUACGAAGACAUCGACACUGUUGGAAACAAGGCCACUUACGUUCGUGAUAAGGGAUUGGGAGGAAUCGCCGUGUUUGACAUCACCUUCGACGAUUUCCGAGGCCUUUGCUCCGGAGACAAAUACCCAAUCCUCAGAUCCGCCAAACUGAAGCUCUAAGAAAAUUCAACCUUUAACCAUUGAUUUGUUUGUUUUUUUAUAUAGCUACGUAACUUAUACACAAUAAUAAAUUAACAAAUUACCUAGUUUUUAUAAACAGAAAA